ACUCUGCACUGGUGCUCCGGCUAGUGAGUUCGGAGUAGGGAUGCAGAACUGUGGGAAUCGGUGGCAUCGCGCCUCGGCGGCGAAACGUUAAAACGCCGCGGCUGGAAAAGCUUCGGUUGAUACGACGCUCCUUGAAAAACGGAGCUUGCCGAGGCUCGUCUUGGUGGUUCAUCCGGAGACGGAGGAAAAGAUCCGCGGACCUUCCUCGAGUCGAGAAGUGCCCCAGACCGCAGCCUCGAUUCCUUUGUCAGUGGUCCUCCGACCAGGGCGUCAGUCGGAUCGGACCCGACAGGGUCAGCAUUUCGACCGAACCAGUCCAGAACCGUCUGGCACGUCAACCGAAGACCACCAAACAACAUUUGAUACCAACCAACACCAUUCGCCUUCUGAUCGGGUACCAGAGGGACCAACGCCUCUUCAUCCCCGUCAUCGAACGCUCGACUACAGAGGACCCUGAAGAGUGCCUCGAACCUGAAUUAAAUCGAAUCUCUUCGGUGCUUUCUGAUUCAGGAGAUUGUCCACUGGCGGGCGAGAAACAUGGCGGGGAUCGUCGAGUGGUAUCGUGAUCUCAUGAACAACAGAAGUGAUCCAAGGACCAAGGACUGGUUCCUGGCUUCUGGACCAGGACCCGUCAUCACGAUAGUCGUCACGUACGUGUACUUCAGCAUCUCCGCCGGACCGAGGUACAUGCGAGACAAAAAGCCAUACACCCUGAGGAACACCUUGAUCGUCUACAACUUCAUCCAGAUUCUGCUCAGCAUGUAUCUGUUUUACGAAGGGAUGGCAGCAGGCUGGUUCCGGGACUACAGUUUCCGGUGUCAGCCGGUGGAUUACUCGGACAAUCCGAAGGCCUUAAGGAUGACGCGCGCCGUAUAUGCGUACUUCAUGUGCAAGCUGAUCGAGUUGCUGGACACGGUGUUCUUUGUUCUCCGGAAGAAGCAGAGGCAGAUCUCAUUUCUUCACGUGUACCACCACGCAGCAAUGCCACUUUGUGCCUGGGUGGGGGUGAAAUUUGUGCCAGGUGGACACGGGACACUCCUGGGAGUCAUCAACGCCUUCAUCCACAUCAUCAUGUACACCUAUUACAUGCUGUCGGCCUUUGGGCCGCAGGUGCAAAAAUAUCUGUGGUGGAAGAAGUACCUGACAUCCUUGCAGCUUAUCCAGUUCAGCAUUGUCGGGGUCCACAAUGCAAAUUUGUUGCUCACCGACUGCGCCUUCCCGAAGACGCUCGCGUUCCUCCUCUUCGCGAACGCCUGCUUGUUCCUCUACCUCUUCGGCUCGUUCUACGCGCAGAACUAUUUGAAAUCCCGCGCCAAACUGCAAACCAAUGGCGUCGCUGCGCCAGUCGAUGACGCCAAGUCGGACUGAGCUCUGUUUUGCCGACCGAGCCGCUCGCUAGCGAGAUGGAAAAACAUUCUUCUCACUCUGGGGUACGCUGAAGUCGAGCAGCGGAGAAAUGGUCCUUUUCUUACGCGAAGAUGGCGGAAUUAGGUCGCAGGACGAAUUUCGUCGGAUUUUCCGACCGACUAGGAACAUUUCGACAGGGAAAAUUUGGGUUUGAAAUGCGAUAUCUCCGUUUUAUGCUCCAUUUUGUAUAUACGCGGAAAGCACGCGGAAUCAACGCGGUAGGCGCAUUAGGCUGAUUGAUUAAGCCGUCUUAAGGCCAUUCCGCGUCGAUUCCGCGUGCUUUCCGCGGGUAUGGAAAUAUGGAUAUGGCAGUAGAAAUCGACUUUUCCUUCGCCUCGGGUCUCCUACUUACCGACGCGGCGCCGCUCGGCCGUCGAUAAUCCAGCGAUCUGCCGUUUCUUCGUUGAAAGUGGUCGAUAAGGAAAGAGAAUUUCAGACCGAUUGUGUUCCGCGUAAAUUUUUCGGAAGGGUUUUAUUUAUUUAUAACGGGUGAGAAUUCUUGGGGAUUUCUUGGGGCGCGCCGCGUCGGUAAAGAAAAGAGCGAUCGUCGAUCUAAGCAAUCAAGCCGGCGGAUAUCAGCGCAGUGAUAACGAGAAAAUUGACGUUUAAUUACACGCAAGUGCGGGUGAUGCGAUUAAUCGCCAGGAAAAAUUGAGUGAACCGAAUUUACACUUUCUCGUGGCAGGUAGAAUUUACAUGUACGCCGAAUUAACGAACAAUUAAGUACACAGUUAGUAUAUUUAUGUACUGUCUAAGGGUUUCAUCUCCUACCCAGAAAUUCGAUUUUACUAAAAAAGCGCAAAUCAGUCUGAAUCUCUUUACUUUUCUUCGGACAGAAUUAAACAAAUCGUCGCCGUUUUACAAGAUAAAAGAGUAAAUCAAAUGUAUGCGUCUAUUGCCUUACAAUUUGUACUGUUUCCACGGAAAAGUGUUCUUUGAACAUCCAACUGAACAGUCGGCUUAUCGUAAGUCUACCUUGAGAAAGCACCUUUCCAAAGCGAAAUACAAGUAUCUUUGUACAAUUUCACGACAAUUACACAGGUUUUGUACAUCUUUUUCAAACGUUCGAUGUAACUCCUGCCCGAUACUUAUUAGACUUUAUUCCAAAAGAUGCCUUCGAAUUUCUGAAUGGAUAAGCGAUUGACUUUAUACAAUGAUAUUCCGCACUUUUAAUGUAACUUUGUACGGGAAAUCGUGUACUAUUAUUUUUUUUUCUUUUACCGAAAUUAUUACGUACAGUGACGUCAGAGGUUUUUGGACACGAACCCACGUUUUGUUAAAUAAAAGAGUUUUAAACCA